AUGGAACCACAGGUUACUCUAAACGUGACUUUUAAAAAUGAAACUCAAAGCUUUCUGGUUUCGGAUCCAGAAAAUACAACUUGGGCCGAUGUGGAAGCUAUGGUAAAAGUUUCAUUUGAUCUGAAUACUAUCCAAAUAAAAUACCUGGAUGAGGAAAAUGAGGAGAUAUCCAUCAAUAGUCAAGGCGAAUACGAAGAAGCACUUAAGAUGGCUAACAUUAAGCAAGGAAACCAGCUACAGAUGCAAGUCCACGAAAGGUGCCAUGUUGUAGAUGAAGCAUUCCCCCAAACUGUAGUAGAAAAACCAGCAGCUACUAGGACAGGGAAGAAGCCACUUGCACAUUAUUCUUCGCUGGUGAGAGUCUUGGGAUCAGACAUGAAGACCACAGAGGAGCCUGCAGCACAGUCAUGUUCACUUGCUCCUUGUGACACGGACCAGCCUCAAGAUAAGCCCCCAGACUGGUUUACAAGCUACCUGGAGAUGUUCAGAGAACAAGUGGUUAAGGAAACGGUUGAGAAGCUUGAGCAGAGGCUGCAGGAGAAGCUUGUCCUCCAGAACAAGCCACCCUUGGGUUCCUCGCCCUCAGAAGUCUCAAUGCCUGUUUCAGAGGAAACACUGUUUUUGCCAGAGAACCAGUUCAGCUGGCAUAUUGCUUGCAGCCACUGCCAAAAGAGGAUCGUCGGUGUGCGUUACCAGUGUAGCCUGUGCCCAUCCUACAACAUUUGUGAAGAUUGUGAAGCUGGGCCAUACGCCCACGACACUAACCACAUCCUGCUAAAGUUGCGGAGACCUGUUGUGAUUUCCUCCGAGCCAUUUUCCCACUCAAGGUGUUCCACUCCUCGUCUGCCUGCUGCUCUGGAACAAGUCAGGCUCCAAAAACAGGUGGAUAAGAACUUUGUGAAAGCAGAAAAGCAAAGGUUGCGCGCUGAGAAGAAACAGCGGAAAGCAGAGGUCAAGGAGCUUAAAAAGCAGCUUAAACUCCACAGGAAGAUUCAUUUGUGGAAUUCGAUCCAUGGUCUCCAGAGUCCCAAGUCCCCUUUGGGCCGACCUGAGAGCUUCCUGCAGUCCAACACCCUGAUGCUUCCUUUGCAGCCCUGUCCCCCAGUUAUGCCGAUGCUCAGCGCAGCGUUUGUGGACGAGAAUUUGCCCGAUGGGACUCACCUUCAGCCCGGAACCAAGUUUAUCAAACACUGGAGGAUGAAAAACACAGGGAACGUGAAGUGGAGUACAGACACAAAGCUCAAGUUCAUGUGGGGAAACUUGACUUUGGCGUCUACAGAGAAGAAGGAUGUCUUAGUUCCCUGCUUGAAGGCUGGCCAUGUGGGGGUUGUGUCUGUGGAGUUCAUUGCUCCAACCUUGGAGGGGACAUACACUUCGCAUUGGCGUCUUUCUCACAAAGGCCAGCAGUUUGGACCUCGGGUCUGGUGCAGUAUUGUAGUGGAUCCUUUACCCUCCUCUGAGAGCCCUGACGACGUUGAAAGGGCUGUGAUCAGCUCAAGCAAAGCUGAUGAUCUCACCUGUGAGCAAGAGGAAGCUUUUCUUCUAGCUGAAGAAGAGAUUCCACUGGGCACAGUAACAAAGCAGACAGAAAGGUCAGGGACCAGCACCCCAAUAAAGACACAAAAUGUUGCCAGUGAGAGGGAGCUCUACAUUCCAUCAGUGGACCUUCUGACUGCCCAGGACCUGCUAUCUUUUGAGCUGCUGGAUAUAAACAUUGUCCAAGAGUUGGAGAGAGUGCCCCACAACACCCCUGUGGAUAUGACUCCCUGCAUGUCUCCUCUGCCACAUGACAGUCCUUUAAUAGAGAAGCCAGGCUUGGGGCAGAUACAGGAAGAGAGUGAAGGGGCGGGAUUUAAAGCACCUCCUGAUUCCACCACAUCAGCAAAGAGUAAGACGGAGGCUACUGCUUCAGUGGAAGAGACAGAGGAAGAUCUGAGUGGGACCCAGUUUGUGUGUGAGACUGUAAUCCGAUCCCUUACCUUGGAUGCUGCUCCAGACCACAACCCACCUUGCAGGCAGAGGUCCCCACAGAGGGAAUUACAACUACAUUCCACAGAGGAACAGCAUCCAGUUGUGCUGCCCGGAUUCUGCAGAAAAGAUUCUUCCUUGAAGUUUGCCUUGCCUGAAGAAGGACCACUUGGAGAUGAGAGGGAAGAGAUUGUCCACGUUGCUGAGGAAGAAGUUGUUGAGGAGGAGGAAGAGGAAUUCCAGGAUGAAGUUCAAAGUCAGUCUUCGGCUUCCUCUGAAGAUUACAUCAUCAUCCUUCCUGAGUGCUUUGACACCAGCCGCCCCCUGGGGGACUCCAUGUACAGCUCUGCACUCUCACAGCCAGGCCUGGAGCGAGGGGCUGAAGGCGAGCCUGGGGUUGAGGCUGGGCAGGAACCAACCGAGGCUGGAGAGAGACUCCCAGGAGGGGAGAACCAGCCCCAGGAGCAGAGCGUCAGUGACAUCCUCACAACCUCACAGACUCUGGACACAGUGCCCUUAGUCCCCGAGGUGGUAGGACUUCCACCAGCAGUGUCCAGGAGCUCCCCUUGUGUUCAGUUUGCGUCCCCAGGAGUGGAUUCACCAGUUACCAUCCAAGAUGUUCCUUCUGCCCCUGAUCAGAUCAGAGGAGAGCCCAGAGGCUCAUCAGGACUCAUAAGCAGCAGACAGAGAAGCUGUGACCACUCAAGGCACCACAAUGGGAGCAGCAUUGCUGGAGGACUGGUGAAGGGGGCUUUGUCUGUUGCUGCCUCUGCGUACAAGGCCCUAUUUUCUGGGCCACCAGUCACUGCACAGCCCAUCACUUCUGAAGAUCAGACAGCAGCCCUGAUGGCCCACCUCUUUGAAAUGGGAUUCUGCGACAGGCAACUGAACCUAAGGCUGCUGAGAAAACACAAUUACAAUAUUCUGCAGGUUGUGACAGAGCUCCUUCAAGUCAACAACAACGAUUGGUACAACCACCGCUAUUGAGGACCGAUCUUGUAUUAAAUAACUGCCUGCUGCUCAGAGAUGAUCUCUUUUGUCAUUGAGGUGUGGGUGGAAGCCCUUGCUUGUUUUUUAGUCUGAUGAAUCUAUAUCGAGUGUCACUGAGUUGUCAAAACAAAACCUGUUACAGUAUUUUUCAGAGCAAAUCACAGGCCAGAACUUAAAUUUUUACUUUAGAAAUGGGAUGACUGGUAGGAACAAUUUUCAGCUG